GAGUCACUCCAGGGCGGCCCUUGGCGUCAGUGCGCAGGCGCGAAGGAGCUGGCAGAGUUCAGGGCAGGAGACGGCUUUGAAGACGCGUCGUCUGGAUUUGGAGGCUGCGACCAAGUCGUCUCGGUCUAACCGCUGAGCGGAAAGCUCCCAAGCGUCUGACCAAGAUCGAGCCUGCGAGAUUCGCGAUGGUGUCCAUGACCUUCAAGCGGAGCCGCAGCGAGCGAUUCUACAGCACCCGGUGCUGCGGCUGUUGCCAUGUCCGCACCGGGACGAUCAUCCUGGGGACCUGGUACAUGGUGGUAAACCUGUUGAUGGCAAUUUUGCUGACGGUGGAGGUGACUCAUCCAAAUUCAUUGCCAGCUGUCAACAUUCAGUAUGAAGUCAUUGGCAACUACUAUUCAUCUGAGAGAAUGGCUGAUAAUGCCUGUGUUCUUUUUGCUGUCUCUGUCCUUAUGUUCAUAAUCAGUUCAAUGCUGGUGUAUGGAGCGAUUUCUUAUCAAGUGGGUUGGCUGAUUCCAUUCUUCUGUUACCGGCUUUUUGACUUUGUCCUCAGUUGCCUGGUUGCUAUCAGUUCUCUCACUUAUUUACCAAGAAUCAAAGAAUAUCUGGAUCAAUUACCUGAUUUCCCCUACAAAGAUGACCUCCUGUCACUGGACUCCAGUUGCCUGCUGUUCAUUGUUCUUGUGUUCUUUGUGGUGUUCAUCAUUUUUAAGGCUUACCUAAUCAACUGUGUUUGGAACUGCUAUAAAUAUAUCAGCAACAGAAAUGUGCCAGAGAUUGCCGUGUACCCUGCUUUUGAAGCACCUCCACAGUAUGUUUUGCCAACCUAUGAAAUGGCUGUGAAGAUGCCUGAGAAAGAACCACCGCCUCCUUACUUACCUGCCUGAAGACAGUCUGCCUUUGUCAAUAAACCUUAUACCAGCUUCUUGUCUUGUUUAUUUUACAGAAUGCUGCAAUACAGGGCUCUUCAAACUUGUUUGAUAUAAAAAUACAUUGUCUUUUGUUUAAGCAUUUAUUUUCAAACACUAAGGAACUCUUUGGACAUUAAACUUUUUGUUAAGCCUAUUACAUUUUAAUACUUUCUGAAGACAAUCUAGGUUAAGCAAGAGCAAAGUGCCAUUGUAUGCCUAUAAGUGGGGGGUGGGAAGGGAAAGGGUAUUCUUCACAUACUUUCUUUUUUAACUUUGCACUUUCUUUAUAUAAUGGUUUGUGUAUUGGUUAUUUGCUACCUUGGAUAAUUUCAGUAAGAAUGAAUUCAGUAUUCAGGAUAAACGAGUUGGGUAUAAGAUCUGAAAUUUUCCGCUAUGAAAACAAAAAUAUAUCAGUUUGAUUUGACUGUGGAAGAUGGUGGUUGCAUGUUCUAAUUUGUAUUAUGUUUCCAUCUUUGUGAUAAGAUGCUUUAAUAAAUCUCUUAAAUAUUUACUGUU